UCGCUUUCUCUUCCUCUUAUGCGGUUUGGAUGUUUACAUUUCCAUUACUUCAAGUUUGCAAAGUGGAAACAAAUCUUCUACGUUUUAUUCAGUCUCAUAUGCUAAAAUAGAUGCAAGAAUGGUUUGAACGGAUUGGGAGGAAGAUCUUCCCACUAAUUUCAAUCUUAAAUGCUACCUGAGUAGGCUUAUAAUGAAUGUUAAUUUCAUUAUAUUAUUAUUUUCUCUUUACCAUUUGCAAUCGAAUUAGGCUGACUUGAAUCCUGUGAACAGAAAUCUCAGUGUCAUCUGACUUGAAUCCUUUGGAAACCCAAUGCCUAAGAUAGGCUGAACAUGAUACAGAAAUAAACAAUUUGCGAGUUUCUCUGCAGAGGUGACAUACAAUCUUGCAAUCCCCUUUCUAAUGUUUCAUAAUUGUUGCUUGUUACUGUAUGUCAUGCCAAUUAAGUCCUGACCAUUUUCACUUUGUGGCUGCAAUAGCUCUCCCUAUCCGGAAUAUUCCAUAAAUGAUUGGUUAGGAACAUGCCCAUGUUGUCCCUUCCCUGACCUCACAUCAAAUACCGGCAGUAAUCUCACCUCGUAGCAGCUAGACUUUGGUCCAUGUCCCAAACUCAUCCUACUUUUCUAUGGUGGAAAUUCCUUCACAAAUCUGUACCUCAUGGCUUUUUUGUUUCAUGGAACAUCUGGAGAAACACUUGCAGUUGAGCCUCUGUACUCAUCUGCAUCAGAUUUGCAAGGAUCCACCUAGGUGCAUACUCACAGAGAGUCUCACAAGAUAAUAGGCUAUGGAACUGUUGUGUAUGCCCACUGCCAAGCUUCCUGUCACAAAAUGGCGUGGUGGACGCAGUUAUUCUUUUCGUUGUGCAGGGAUAGCCGAGCCAGCAGGUGUUCCGGCACCAAUGGGACAGAAGACACAGUAUAAAGAUGGGCUCUUUGAGAAAUUAUUCAUGUCUCUCUUUGCUCGGAAGAUGGAGAAGUUCGCGACCAGUGAAGUGUCGAAGAAAAACAAUGCUCUCUGGGAUAUGGACUACGAAAGAUUUGUGGAUGUUUCAAAGAGGGUGAUGAUAGGAAGAUCCAGAAAACAGCAGCAGGAGGUGGUGAGGGAGGUUCUCCUAUCCAUGUUGCCCCCUGGUGCUCCAGCUCAGUUCAGAAAAUUGUUUCCUCCUACAAGAUGGGCAGCUGAAUUUAAUGCUGCUUUGACAGUGCCAUUCUUUCACUGGUUAGUUGGACCAUCUGAGGUUAUUGAAGUGGAAGUCAACGGUGUGAAACAAAGAAGCGGAGUACAAAUAAAGAAGUGCAGGUACUUGGAGAACAGUGGAUGCGUUGGGAUGUGUGUGAACAUGUGCAAGUUGCCAACUCAAGAUUUUUUUACAAACGAAUUUGGGCUUCCCUUAACUAUGAAUCCAAAUUUCGAGGAUAUGAGCUGUGAAAUGGUGUAUGGUCAGGUUCCUCCUCUCUUUGAAGAAGAUGCUGUUUCAAAGCAGCCUUGCUACGCUGAUAUGUGUUCUGUGGCCAACACCAACUCUCCAGUCUGUCCUAAACUACAAUGAAGAACAUAGAAGCCUAAAUAGAUGACGAGAUGGAAAAGCAAGCGAAACUUACUAUUCAGAAGAUAUGGAAAUCUGUUUCACAAAAACACAUUUUCCAAGUUAGGCCAUGUUAUCAAAGAUGACGAGAUGAGAUAGCAUAUUACUUUGUGUAUAUGUUCUUAUUAGGAUCUUCCUAAUUGAUACAAAAUAUGUACAAGAAUUCUGGCCAUAGAGACCAGUCACAAGUCCAUAACAAUGUUCGUGUAACCCAAUUUGUAGUGCUACCGUGCCACAAAGAACAAUUUGGAAGUGACUUGCUUUUGAGUUGUAUGAAAACAUGUCUUUAGACAUCUUAAAUAAAACAAACAUUUCGUUUGA